CCUGCCUUCCUUUUUCUCCGCUCAAGAAAUGGACUAACUCGAGCUUACGUGUUUUUUCUUUCUGUCUUUCUUUGUAAAUUAACAGUUGUCACUCUACAAACCUCAUGAGCACUAAAGAGCUGUCUGUGUUGUGGAAUCCGGCUGAGAGCAGUUCUCCUUUUUGCUUCUGGUCAGAGUUGUAAUGGAGUGAAACUAAAAACCAAAUGCCAAAAUGGAAACCAGGCACCACACAGGGAAAUGGAAAAAGAUAUGUGUGCCAUACAUUUUAGUUCUGCUGACUGUUUUAAGGCAAUGUGAUGCUACAGAAGAGCAGAACAACUUUAACAACUCAGUGUCGUGUUUAGAGAACGAGUACUCACAUAAUGGAUUCUGCUGUGAUAAGUGUCCACCAGGAUUUAAACUAAUAGAGACGUGCCCAGGACAGGGUUUGAGGUCAGACUGCAGGAAAUGCAGCACUGGAACAUAUCAGGACAACAUGAACCAUUACCGAAACUGCUUUUCAUGCCGUAAACCAUGCGACUCGGAUUAUAAUGAAAUUGAGAUAAAACCAUGCACAAAUAAGCAAGAUAGAAUAUGCGGCUGUAAGAAAGGAUACUACAAAAAUGUAGUAGAUGAAAUUACAAUGUCAUGUUUAGCCUGUCGAAAGUGUGGAGACGGUGAAAGGGAGAUCAGCCCAUGUAAUGGGCAGACGAACACUGUGUGUGAUUGCAAAUAUAACCAUUACCGCGUGGCUAGAGGAAUCUGUGCACAAUGCAAAAACUGCAGUUCUAACUGUAUUGACCUGUGCUCACCUCAUGUCAAGACUACUAUGGACCCUAACAGUCAUACACCAGGUUCUCAUUUCCAGACAACAUUCAUACUUGUGGGAUUGUGUCUGUGUGCAGUAUUUGGUUUGUUGUGCAUAAUUUCUUUUUAUAAUGGAUUUAACCACUGGAAGAAGAGGAAGCAAACUCUGUACAGUGAAUCACCUGUGUCAUGUGACCCAGAGAAGCAAGUGGAAAAGAGAGAAACACAUACAUGCUUACAAAGCAAAGAGGAUGAAAGCAGCCUCUUAGCAGUUCAGACAGACUCCGUGCUACCUGAUUGCGUUCCCAGAGAGGUUAAAACUCAUGAGUUUAUUUACUUUGUGCUGGACAUUGUCCCGGUCAGUCGCUUUAAGGAACUGGUGCGUCGCCUGAAUGUCUCCGAGCAGGACAUUGACAGGGCAGAGAGAGAUAACCGAGCAUUUGCUGAUGCCCAGUACCAGAUGCUAAUGAUUUGGGUUGAAAGUGGCACUGGAGGAGGGAAAAGCGUCCUGCCACGCCCACUCCUUCAGGAAUGUGUGGACAGACUGAAGGAUAUGAAUUUGAAUUCUUGUGCAGAAAGCAUAGAGGACAAGUAUGCCUGAACUCUCACAUGUGGCACAUGGCCAAAAACACAUUCUUACCUUAUAAUUAAAUCAAGUAUGGAUACACAGUAAUUAUGAAAUUUUUUGAAAUUUCAGUCUAUUAUGUGUGUGCAAACUAUUUCAGCAGGGAUGCACAGACACUUUUAGUCUUAUUAAAUAGCAUUAUGGUUGUACUGCAGAGGUGCUAAGGUGAGAUGUUAAUGUUUUAAAGUAGAUACUGUAAGCCUGUUAUGUGCUGCUCAGCUUAGUAAAAUAUUUGUUCAUGACAAUGUAAUCAGUAGUGCAUUACAAAUCGGACAUGUUUUAAAGAAAAAGAAACCAUUCCCUAUUUUAAUUCAUUUUAAUAUUCUUAUCUGAGCAGCUCUGCAGAGUACAGAACCACACUAACAUUUUGGACAUAUGUUUGUACUGUUUUGUAAGUUUGUAGUAUUUCAUGCAUUACAUUUUAUAUGCACUGUUGAAUUUCAGUUUAGUUAACAUUGUGCAACAUUAAAAUCAUCUUAGUUUAAAAAAGAUCACUCAAGUGAUCUUUGGAUUGUUAAUGGUUCUAGCUUUCUAACAGGGUUCUACUUGGAACCUUUUGUGAAAGGGAAACAGUUCUACACUGUUUUAAACAUUAAAGGUUUUCAUAAGGGGCAAACAAAAGGUUUUAAGGUGUUAGACUGAACCUUUUGUUUUAAGUGGGCGCAUAAGCAAAAGCUUCAGCUUGUGUAUAGUUUAUGUGCUAUUUUAGGUUACAAGGCCCAGCUUUACUUCCGCAUUAAGAAAUCAGUUGAUUUCUCUUUCAGCUACUGCUUUGGUUACUGAAUUCAAUCUAAACAUUAUAAUAGCCUAUGAAACCUAUGAAAUAUAUGUAAAUCAUAUGAGUGCAUUAUAUGAGGUAAUGCUUUUGUAUUUUAAUUAUGAAAUCAACACAUAAAGAAGUAGGUUGACUAAAAAUCUAAUGUCAUGCUUUGGCAAAAGUAGUAAAAUGUUGCAGUGUGAGUUUACAGUUUACUGCAGAUGUGUGCUGUGUGGGGAAUUUUAAUUUGUUUUCAUGUGAUUUCAGAACUAAGAGAAAGUGAGACGGCAGCCAUUCAAAAAGUUAGAAACCUUUUAUAUUUUGUUAAAUUUUAUAAUAAGAGGCUUUUACUAAACGCCAAGAAUUGCCUUUAAGCAAUUCUGGGAUGUUUGCCAUGGCCUCAGACAUUUCAUUCAUUCAUCUUCAGUAACUGCUUUAUCCUGGUCAGGGGUCACGGUUGAUCUGGAACGUGUCCCGUGAACACUGUGUGGGAGGCUAGUCCAUUGCUGGGCUUCUAUUGGAUGCAUAAUUUAUUAAACCCUUCUAUUGUAGGCUGAAGAGAAAAAAUCUUCAGUCAAACUAUGGUCAACCUGAUGUAUAUAUUUUUUUUCUUCCUGAUGCUUAAUAAAAAUUUUUUUUAUUUA